GGGAAUUUAAACUUAACACGUCUUUUUCAUACAAUCCGUGCAUGAGUACAGGGAGAUAAUAAAGAGCCUCCUUGUGGAUGCUGAUCUUCCUAAUGAGACUAGGAUGGACAGAAUCUCGAACCUGUGGGUAGAUCUACAGAGAGACAACAGGUGGGAGAGACUUAUAACCUAUAGAUAUUGACAUCACUCUUAAUGGGAUAGUUUCAGCCUUUAUCUUCACCACUCUCAGUGAGAUAGUCUCAAUCUUUAUCUUCACUCUCAGUGAGACGGCUACAAUCUUUAUCUUCACCACUCUCAGUGAGAUAGUCUCAAUCUUUAUCUUCACCACUCUCAGUGAGAUUGUUUCAAUUUUUAUCUUCAUCACUCUCAGUGAGACAGUCUCAAUCUUUAUCUUCACCACUCUCAGUGAGAUAGUCUCAAUCUAUUUUCACCACUCUCAGUGAGAUUGUCUCAAUCUUUAUCUUCAUCACUCUCAGUGAAAUAGUCUCAAUCUUUAUCUUCACCACUCUUAGUGAGAUAGCCUCAAUCUUUAUCUUCACCACUCUCAGUGAGAUAGUUUCAAUCUUUAUCUUCACCGCUUUCAGUGAGAUAGCCUCAAUCUUUAUCUUCAUCACUCUCAGUGAGAUAGUCUCAAUCUUUAUCUUCACCACUCUCAGUGAGAUAGUCUCAAUCUUUAUCUCCAUCACUCUCAGUGAGAUAGUCUCAAUCUUUAUCUUCACCACUCUCAGUGAGAUAGUCUCAAUCUUUAUCUCCAUCACUCUCAGUGAGAUAGUCUCAAUCUUUAUCUUCACCACUCUCAGUGAGAUAGUCUCAAUCUUUAUCUUCACCACUCUCAGUGAGACAAUGUUAACCUUUAUCUUCACCACUCUCAGUGAGAUAGUCUCAAUCUAUUUUCACCACUCUCAGUGAGAUAGUCUCAAUCUUUAUCUUCAUCACUCUCAGUGAGAUAGUCUCAAUCUUUAUCUUCACCACUCUCAGUGAGAUUGUCUCAAUCUUUAUCUUCAUCACUCUCAGUGAGAUAGUCUCAAUCUUUAUCUUCACCACUCUCAGUGAGACAGCCACAUCCUUUAUCCUCACCACUCUCAGACAACAUCAUCAGUGUGUCAAAUCUUUAGUCACAAAGUAUUUAACCAGGCCAACAAAUUCACAACAUUUUCUUCAGUGUUCAUAUUUGACACAUGUAUUCUGUAUUCCAUUUGACAUUCCUGUGGAUUGACAAGCUAGAGUGAAUGGAUACCUUUUCAAAAAUCUCUGAAAAGGGAAUCUCACUUCUUUAAAUUUGUUUAUGUUUCAUUGCUCAUGAGAUGUAAAACGCACUAUCAUUUAAGCCAUUGUUGACUGACGUAUGUGUGCAAUUUUCCAUGUUAACUGAAUAACCUGUCGAUAGUUCCUGCUAUGUCUAGCUCACAGGAGUAUAAUAUACAACUGUAUAUAAGUCAGUUAAGAUUAAGAUAGUAGUAAGCUUCUUAAUUCUUAAUGCUUGUAAAAUUUCACUCAAGUAGUCAUGUUAUAUGAAUUUGUUAUAAGUUCAACAUGACAUUUUAAGGCUCAUUUGUUUGAAAUUUAAUUUCUAAGACUUUAGAUUUCAUCAUUCCUUAAUGUCUUAAUCAGGGCUAUUAAAAGUAACCUAAAUUCUAGUUUACAUGGAACAUUAUUCAUUUUUGUAUGAAUUAAUUUUUUGUUAUUGAUGUGCACCAUAAUAUUUAGUAUAAUUUGUAGAAAAAAUCUUUUUGUAGCGUAUUUUCCUCUCAGAUGUGAUUUUUAUAAAAUGACUGAACGAGACGAGUAAGUAACUAACAUUGUGAAGUGGCUAAACACACAGCAUUAUAAAUAUUAACGUGAAAAAUUCCACAACAUUCAUUCAGCACGUAACUGUGUAAGAGGUGGUCAGAGGUGGGUUUUCUGUUGGCUGUAGGGUGCCAGUUUAGUUAAGAGUUUGCAUUAAUAUUGGUGUGUGUUUUUGCACAGUUUAAGGAAAUCUAUUGGUAGUGCUAUCGCAUAAGCUAAGUGUUUGAAAAAUCUAAAGUUUUGUGAAUUAUGAACAUGAUACAUUCACUUUUGCUCACGGAUUGAUAGAUUGUUGCAAAGACUUUCACACUUUAAUGAAUUGUUUGAGAGAGAGAGAAAGACAGAGAGAGACAGAGAGAAACAGAGAGGGGGGAGAGAGAGAAAGAAAACAAACACUGGGUUGUUGAAAAGGUAAGUGUAUUGAGUAUAUUGUGUAUGCUUAAGUGUACUUUAAAUCUGAAGAGAGAUUUUUAUGGUUGCAGAUCACCUUGUACAUGUAUAUACAUCAUAAAGAAAAGAUAUCCACCUUUAUAUCAUUAUUCUGUUUCUAAAUAAAAAGUCUGCUUUGUUUGAUUUUCGGUCAUUAAGAGCUACAGUUUAAUGCCAUAUUGAUUCACUCUUGGUGAUUUUUAUCUUCAAGAAAAUCAAUUGUCUCUUAACAUUUCAAACUGACUCAUGUCUUUGGGAGAAUAAAUUGGAUUUGUCUUAGUGCUUUAAAAGAGGAUCUUUGAUAGAACACAGUAGUAUGGAUUUUGUCGAGAUCUGAUGUGACAUGUCUUUACCGUAGAAACUGUCAGAGUUUGUGAUUUUUAUCUCUUGUCACCAGAGUAUGGAAGAACUGUUUAAAUACGCAAUGCAUAAAAGGUUACCUAAGGGAGUUUUGACGGCAAGCUGCGAGGCAGAGCUGCAGGAGUUGAUGAAACAGAUCGACAUUAUGAUGGCCACGAAGAAGAAGGACUGGGAACACCAGAUUCAGAGUCUGCAGAGUAAGGUGGAGCUUCAGGACAAGGAGAACCUGCUACAAAAGUCCACCAUCGAUCAGAAACACAAAGAGAUAGUUGCGACUUCUUCUCUGAUUAGUCAUUUAAGAGUUCAAGUGGAAACCAUGGAAAAAUCACACAGAGAAUUGGUGACCUGUUAUGAGCAGCAGUUGUCGAACCUUAAAAAUGAGGUUCAAAAAGUCAAGAGGGAUUAUGAAAGACUGAGUAAGAAACAUGUGAAACAGAUCAAGGACCAUCAGCGAGAUCGAGAUAAAAGUCAUACAGACUUGCAGGAUAGUAGCACUGAGAUAGGACGACUCAACAAUAAGAUACUAGAAUAUCGACAGAAAGCUAAGGACUGGGAGUUACAGAGACGGACAUUUCAGAAACAGAUCGAGGCGUUGGAUUCUCAGAGGAAAGCUCUGACAGAGAAAUGUGAAUUCAUUCAGAGCCAGUCCCAAACCUACCAAUCUCAACUCGAUCGCAGAAAACAGAUGCUCGACUCCACCGAGUUGAGUCUAAAAAAUCAAAUAACUCAGUUAGAGGGACAACUCGAGCGGACUAACGAAACACUAACCUCACAGGAGACCAAAGUGGAGAAGUUGAAGUCCUCAUUAGAUGAUGCCAUGAGCGCACACAAAAAAGCAAUGGAUGAUAACGAAAAACUCUUGACUGACCUCAAGAAAGCCAAUAACACCAUCAGGAAAUAUGAAGAGGAGAAGGGCGAGUUGGAGAGUGAAUUAAGGACAAAGGAGGACCUGCUGAGAGCUCUGGACGAGGACAAAGGGCUUCACAGCGAAAGCAUGACAAAGAUGGAACAAACUCUGGCAGAGAAAGAUGAAAUCAUUAAGUCUUUAAGUGACAUAAGACAAAAGGAGGAAAGUGAUCAGAAACGACUAAUGAGAGAAUCGAUGGAGGACGCAAAGGAAGAAACAAGGUUGUGUAAAAAACAUGAGAAGGAAUUGAGGGACGAAUUGUCCAGUUUACAGUCGCAUCUCCAGAGAGCAGUGGAAGACUGUGAGAGACUGACCGAUCAACUGGAACAGAAGAAAACUGAGCUAACUAAGUUGGAGAAUGGUGAAGUUAAAAGACUGAAAGCUGAGGUCAGUAAAUUAAGAGAACUGCAGCUUUCUCAGAAGGAUUCUUAUGAAGGGGAGGUACAGGGCCUGAAGACGGAGAUUUCACGCCUGACCAAAGAUUUACACGAUCGCACUAAAUCAAUGGCAUCCAUAAACGAGGAGUCGAGUCAGAUUGAGACUCAGUUAAGGAAUGAGAUGGAGACAUUGGAGAGAAGACAAGCAGAAUUACAGGUUGCAAAUGCACAGAUCGAAGCACUAAGGCUAGAAAACCGUCACUUGCGUCAGACGAUUUUACAACAAGCUCAAAAUGACUCAGAUCAUGACAAGAUUCAGGAUCAUCUCAAAGCUGUACAAAAUGCAUAUACAACCACCAUCACGAAAUUGGAGCAAGAGAAUCGACAGCUGAGAGACGACUUGGCAUGUCUGAGAGAGGAAAUGAAUGAGAUGGAGGAAAAGUUCGAAGAACAAUUACAAUUGGCUCUACGGGACUCAGAAAUGUCUGCACAGACCAUGAGGUCGAAAGAUGACAGGAGGUUCCAGAGGGUGGAGGAAGACUCCCAGAGGAAACUGCAGACUCUUCAAGAGAGACUGGAUUCGACCGUCCAGCGGUACGAGGAGGAGGUCAGCUACCUGCGCAAUCAGAAGGCCCGUCUCGAGGAGCAGCUGGACAUGGAGCGAAACAGCAACUACAGUACGUUGGGAAUUCUUGCUGGUCAGCCAGUGAAUGGUCUGGACCAUUAUGACGUGGAGAUCGGAAGAUCGAGAGCCAACGGUGACGGGGAGGUCCACCACGAGGAAGACAACAGUUUCGAGACCGUCCUCAGCAGCCAGGCAAUGUCCAUCUCUGAAAGCGUUAAUGACUUCAGUCUCCAUGAUGACUAUGGCAAUGUAGAGGACUCAAAUUCAAGGAAUUCUGUAUCAGAGAGAUUUCUAGCAGCAGAAAAUCAAAGAGCAAGGGAGUUAGAGAGGCUCAUUGACUCACACAUAGAACAACUGAAAAUAGGGACGGAGGCAACACUCCGCAAAUAUAACGUCAAAAGAUGAUGUAUUCCCUGUGUGUAAUAUACGCCUGUGUUCAUUAGGUGAACAGGAUUAUUCCGCGCAGUCAGGGUGGAAAUAUCUGUGAUAUAUGAAGUGCAAUUUGAGCGAGCUGUAACAUAGAACUGGACAUUUUUGUCUCCGGCGUACUGGUAAUCUUUGAGCUUUCUGACAAGGUUCUUGUGAUGGAGAUUAAAGUUUACGCCAAUUUGAAGAACUCUACCAGGGGAUAUGUGUAGAAGUAUUGAUGCUUGAAUCAUGCGUGACAACCCCUACCAACAUGGUUACAGAUACACAGCUGGAAAUACUCAAACAUGUGUACAUGGUUUUCACUUGAAUUUUAGUGUCUGCAAUACAAAUUGUAUGGAUAUGAAUUUUUACUACGUCUACAGCCUUCAAGAAUCUCUGAUGAGCCACACUUUUACUAAUACAAAAUGUCAUGUAUUCUAAUGAAAAUGGUAAUAUAGUACAUUUAUUAAUCAAAAUUAAUUAUCAGUGGGUUUUUUUUUCUUCUAAAGUAAACACAGAAAUUCUUUAAAAAGUGUUUAGAUGUACAUGUUUGUCAUAAAAUCUCUGGUGUAUAAUAACUUCUUUGCAGUUAUUGGAAAGCCUAGAUAAUUUGUAAUGAAAUUUAAGUGUUUGUGAGUAGAGGCUCAGAACAUUUCCUUAUGAUGUAACAUAAUGAUAGUGACUGUGGUAAUACUACAUUUCCUAUUUAUAUCAGGAUUUUGGCGUCUCUCUCUUUGUGUCUGACAUUUAUUAGUGUUGUCAAUAUUUCCAUAAAUUUUGUGUUACUUUAUCAAGAAUGUUUCUUUAGCAAUCAAAACAUUACUCUGACUAUUUGUAUGAAAAAGAAGAGUUUAGAACGAGGAUUAUUACUGGAGGCGUUUACCUUGUACAAUAUUAAAAAAAAAUGUGAUAUUUCCAUAUAUAUUUUCACUGGCUAUUUUUCUGUUUAACACGCACGGAUGCACAUUAUGGUGAUCGUUGAUUUUAAUCUGCACGCGUUAAUCAAACACCCUAGUUACGCUCAAGAAUUGUUAAUUAGUAAGUAAUGUAGAUCUAUAGCACACCUGUAAAUGCAGGUAUUUAGUGUACAAGUAGUUGUUUCUGAUAAAAACUUACUGCUGUAUACAUGUAUGUAAAUAUGGACACAUUUCUACAUUCUCAUGUUGACAUCACAUAAUCAGUCUUGUGAAAUGGAAUCGGGUUUUCUUUAAAUCAGUAAAACUUCGCCGAUUCAUCAAACCUUUUUAUGUACUUGUCCAGCAUUUGACUGAAUCCUACAUAAUGUAUUGAAAUGAAAGUUGUGUAGAUAUUACAUGCAUGAAUAUUAAAUUUAAAUCCAUCUUU